AUGAGUGGUACACCUAAGAGAUCUCAUGAAGAGUCUGUUCAUUCGUCUUCAAAACACCCGCAUGAAGAUGCGGGUUCAUAUUCUAAAUUGGUGCCGUCGUCAGUUUCGAAUGAGUAUCAUAUGUCUUAUGAUAUAGGUCAGGAUUCCCGGGUGGCAAAAGUGCCGCGUGAUGGGGAUAGAAGAUCUCCCCUUCAUUCAAUUUACCGGAUGCCGUCUUCUUCUAAUGAUUCUCAUGCUGAUCAUCUUGUUGGUCCCGAGAAGAGAUUAGAAUCAAGAGAUUUAAAGGACAGUAGAGAUAUCCGGUUUGAAAAUCGGGAUACGAAGAUAGAGAAGAAGGAGUUGUUUGGCGAAGUGAGAAAGGAUCCUUUUCCUCAGAGUGGUAAAAGUGAAAAGGACACACAUGUUGAAGUUAGAGGAGAUGAGAACAAGGAUGUCCGACAUGAUCGGGAUAGUCAUAAUGAUUCAAAAGGUGAUAUUAAGACUGAAAAGGAGAGUUAUAAUGCGGCUAGUGGUCUUCACUUGAAUUGGAAAGAUUCAAAAGAAUACCACAAAGGAAAAAUGUAUUCUGAUCCUCCCGGUGUGAGUUUGGAACCAUGGAAUAUGUUACGUGGCAAUACUCAAGGUUCACUUGAGAUUGGAAAAGAGAGUUCAUCAGCAGAACAAAGGGAGUACGGCGUGGAAGUUCAUGAAGCUGUUGGGGAGAACAAAAUUGAUUCUAAAGUUGACGAUAGAUCCAAAGAGAAAGAUAGAAAAAGAAAGGAAGUGAAACAUCGGGACUGGGGGGAGAAGGAAAAGGAAAGAAGUGAUCGUAGAAACAAUGCACAAGUUAGCAACGCGAGCAAUGACUGCAAAGAAUCUGUGAAUGAUUGUAGAAACAGCGCACAAGUUAGCAACACGGGUGGUGAGUGGAAAGAGUCUGUGAAGCAAGAUAGUGGAUUGGAAAGGUGGGAGAGGGAGAAAAAAGAUCUUCCGAAAGAAAAAGAAAAUUUAAAAGAGAGAGAAAAGGAUCAGAUGAAGAGGGAAUCAUGGAACAUAGCUGAGAAAGAUGUUUCGAAUAAUGAGAAGGAACCUGUUGAAGGAUCAGCUAAGGUUCCCGAACAAGAUGUUGUGUUGCCAGAUCAGAAGAAACACAAAGAUGUUGAUAGAGAAGCUAGAGACAAGAGAAAAGAAAGGGAAGCUGAUUUGGUAGGAGACAAGUCUGAUAAACGUAGUAGGUUCUUUGACAAGGAAUCAGAUGAUGGAUGUGCUGAUGGAGAAGGAGCAAUUGAAAAAGAGAGGGAUGUUUAUAACUAUAGUGGUCAGCACCGUAAGAGGAUACAAAGAUCACGGGGGAGCCCUCAAGUUCCUAAUCGGGAGCCUCGUUUUAGAUCCCGCAUCCAAGACAACGAAGGGUCUCAAGCCGUUCCAAAAAAAAUCACAAGUAAAGUAGAGGUUUCUUUUGUUGUUUACAAAGUUGGUGAAAGCAUGCAAGAGCUCACAAAGUUGUGGAGGGAAUAUGAAUCAUCCCAAUCUCAAAUCGAAAGAAAUGGUGAAAGCUCGAGUAAUGGUCCCACUCUGGAAAUUCGGAUACCGGCUGAGUAUGUUACUGCUACAAAUCGUCAAGUUAGAGGUGGCCAGCUUUGGGGGACUGAUGUGUACACAUAUGACUCGGAUCUUGUUUCUGUUCUCAUGCAUACAGGUUACUGUCGCCUAACAUCUCAGCCUCCUGCAGCCAUUCAAGAAUUGCGCGCAACCAUUCGGGCGCUACCUCCAAAAGAUUGCUAUAUUUCUACACUGAGGAACAAUGUACGUUCCCGCGCUUGGGGGGGUGCUGCUAAUGGCUGCAGUUAUCGAAUCGAACGGUGUUGCAUUGUGAAGAAAGGAGGUGGAACUAUUGAUCUUGAACCUUGCCUUACACACACAUCAACUAUUGAGCCCACCCUUGCUCCAGUGGCUGUGGAGCGGACAAUGACUACCAGGGCUGCAGCUUCGAAUGCAUUGCGGCAGCAAAGAUAUGUUCGAGAAGUUACGAUUCAGUACAAUCUUUGCAACGAGCCAUGGAUCAAAUAUAGUAUAAGCAUUGUAGCUGACAAGGGUCUGAAAAAGCCACAAUACACAUCUGCUCGAUUGAAGAAGGGAGAAGUUUUGUAUUUGGAGACACACACAUCCAGAUAUGAGCUUUGUUUUGCUGGAGAGAAACUGGUCAAGGCUACACCAGCAACUCAGUCGCAUGACUCAGGCGCAGAGAAGUCUCAUAAUCACCACCCACAUUCUGCAAAUGGCGAAAAGCAUGAGCAUGAUCAUGUCAUGAUCGAUGCCUUCCGGUGGUCUCGUUGUAAGAAGCCUCUGCCACAGAAAGUGAUGCGCUCGAUUGGCAUCCCGGUGCCUCUUGAACAUGUAGAGGUGUUGGAGGAGAACUUGGACUGGGAAGAUAUACAAUGGUCGCAAACUGGUGUUUGGAUUGCUGGAAAGGAAUAUACCCUUGCAAGGGUGCAUUUCCUCUCAAUGAAUUAA